UGAUGAGCAUUGUAUUAUUAUAUACCAACGCUGAAGUCGAUCAAGGCAAUAACACCAGCCAAGGGCGCUAAAAUAAUUUCUAAACUGAGAAGUUGCUGUAAGUGAGGAACGUGUGACGAAAAAGGCAAAAAAAACCAGUAAGAAAGAUUAAGUUUCACUUUUCCUGGUGAAAGCAGAGUGUGCUCUUUCUUUCGGAAGGUGCGGCGCUUAUAUUGCCACAGAGCACAAUAAAUACUCAGUGGGUCUUAAAAGUUGAGUGAAAAUGCGCCAAAAUGGCUGUCAAUAUGGAGAACUCAUUUGGAAACGGCGAGCAGUUCGAAUGACUAAAGGAGAAAAGAUUUUGAGGGUUAUUGUUUUUCUUUUUAAAUGGAAUAAUAGCAUUUGCGUUCAUUUCAAUGGAGAAGUUAUGUUUGCCAAGAAAUGAAAUGCGUAGUGGCACGAUGCUAUCCCUUGGCUUGAGCGGUGGGUCAACAUGUGGUCAGCGGCACACAAAAGCAGCUCAGGAGGCUUUCGUUACCUUUCCGAGUGCCUGGCUCGGAUCCUCCUCACCCCCUCUGCAGCCACGCUGGCCAGCUGGCUGCCUCUCAGGUGUCACUUUUCCUUGGCACGGUAGGAUGAGACGGUAACAUGUUUACCCUACGAGGAACUCUGCGGUUCCCAUAGCCAUGGUCCUCCACCCGGCCAUCCGGGCGGCCCGAGCGGGCGACCUGCACGCCCUGCGGGAGCUGGCAUCUUCCGGCCUUCUCUCAUCCGCCAUGGACGCUCAAGGCGCCGGAACCGUGCACCACGCCGCCCGCUGCGGCCGCCUGGAUUGCCUCCGCUACCUGGUGAGCGAACGCGGCCUGCCGCCCGACGCCCGGGCCGCCAACGGGGCCACGCCGGCCCACGAUGCGGCGGUCACGGGACACGUGAGGGAGCUGAGGUGGCUGCUGGACGAGGCGGGAUGCAGCGUGCAGGACCGGGAUGCCUCCGGCGCCACGGCACUGCACUUGGCCGCUCGCUUCGGUUGCGUGGAGGCGGUCCGCUGGCUGCUGUCCGUCGGAGACUCUGCGGUGGAGGAAGCGGAAACCGAGUGCGGUGCUGUGGCGGCUCACUACGCCGCCUUCAACGGCAAGCUCGGCUGCGUGGAGCUGCUUGUUGCCCACGCGCCACGGUGCGUGAACUGGCAGAUGUCCACGGGGGCCACGCCGCUCUACCUGGCCUGCCAGGAGGGACACGUGCACGUGGCCGAGUACCUGGUGGAGCGCUGCGGUGCCGACGUGCACGUGAGGGCUCACGACGGCAUGAGCUGCCUGCACGCCGCGGCACACGUGGGUCACAACCAUGUGGUGGCCUGGCUGUUGACCCACACCGACGUGGACCCAUCCUGCCAAGACCAGGACGGUGCCACCGCGCUGCAUUUUGCAGCGAGCAGGGGGCACUGUUGUGUCUUGGAGCGGCUGCUUUGCGCCGGGGCGAAGAUCCUGAAGGACUUGUGGGGCGGGACUCCGUUGCACGACGCAGCUGAGAACGGAGAGAUGGAGUGCUGCGAACGCCUGCUGGCCAGCCAGGCUGACCCCUCAGACAGAGACGUGGACGGGUUCACCCCUGCCCACCUGGCCCACUACAACGGACACCACCGGUGCGCCAGAUACCUGCGAGCCCAGGAGAACAUUGCCGCCAUCCCAUCAGACGACAAGAAGAAGGCCGUGAACAUCAUGGACACCUUAAAGCAAUCUGAGAACGAGGAGACUGUGGCGGCUAGGUACCCUCAACCUUCCAAGAGCCUCAUCCCGCACAUCGAGAAAGUCCAAACCGCCACUUCUGUGAUUAAAAGUUUACAUCAGCCAAAGAGGCCGUCGCCCGACGCCAACAACCUCCUCGCCGACAGGAAGCUCCUCGGGGACAUGAAGCCCAUCGCCUCGCUCAAGCAGUCCUCACUUUCGGAUGUCUUCACCGGACAAGCCAGUAAGAUUGUGGUGCUGCCCAGCGAGGAGGCCAACCUGGCGGACAUGGACUACCUGGUGCCCAGCCACGACGAGAAGGGCCGGCCCAUCGCCGAGUGGAAGCGGCAGGUGAUGGUGAGGCAGCUGCAGGCCCGAUUGCUCGACGAGGAGGACCAGAGGUGGAGGGAGAACGGCCAGAUCUUGUCCAAAGUCAACUGGCGCUACUCGCAGGCCCACAACGCCAUCCUGGGCCCGUCGGGCGAGCUCCUGACUGAGCACGACCUGGUCUACCUGGAGGAGCAGAUCGCCAGCGUGACACUGCGCCGCCACGCCGGCGAGGGCUACGAGCCGGAGCUGGCGCGGCUGGCCGACGAGCUGCGCCAGAUCCUGCCGGCGCCCAUCGUCAACAUCAGCGCCCACGCCCGCUUCGCCGACCCGGCCGGACGCCCGCCGCUGCUGCCCGGCUGGUGCGGCCGCAUCUCGGGCAUCGUCAAGAGCAUGUCGUUGCUCAUGAGCGACCUGGCCGAGCAGCCUCACUGCAAGAUGCCCGACAGCCAGCUGGCCAGCGUCUUCUCUCAGGCGCCCGAACGGCGGCCCUCCACUAGGGGCCGCCGCCAGAGGAUCGAAGACGAGAUCCAGCGCUUCGGCGUGUCGGUGCGGACGCUCAAGUCCAAUUUCGAGACGCAAAACGAGCCAGAGGACGCGGAAGAAUCCUUGUCUGCCUUGACUCCAGCUCCGGAAUCCGAGGGGAAGGCGCCUUGUGUGGUGGAGAGCACCAGCCUCAGGAAGGAGCGCAUCGUGGUGCUCUUCCUGGGACACUGGAAGAAGUCGGCCUACGCGGUGACACUCAAGAGCAAAGACGCCGCGGCGAGGAAGAAGAGUGGGGACGGUGGCGGUGGCGGUGGCGGUGGCGCGGAGAACGGCCGGGACAAGAUGAUCAACGGCUCCUUGGGACACUUCUUCAAGCAGAGGAGCGCCGUCAACAAGAUGCUGGGCAACUGGAGGAGGAUGAUCUCCAGCGUGCCUUCGCGACAGUUACGAAGGCUCCACAGGCAGCAAGCCCUCUACUCCCCGGAACAGUUCCUCCCCCGCGUGGACGGAGUGCCGCUGGAAUACGACCAGCUGACUCUGGACCUCUUCAUGCUGGGCUACUUCCACAUCCUGGAGCUGGACCUACCGGUGGACGAGCGCAAGAUGAGGCACCUCCUGUGCUUCGAAGUCUUCGACCACGUGGGCAGCUUCCCCUGGGAGCUGGUGCGCGACUUCCACAAGGCCGUCAUCCGGGACAUCGAGGCCGGCGACCGCGAGUGGAAGGACGGCUUCGAGGACCUCAAGCUCAAGUUUUUCAGUGAGGUGGCUGCUGUGUCCGAGGAGGGCAAGCCGGAGGUGCGCCAGCUUCCGGAGAGUCGACCUCUCCCGAAGGUCAUCGUGCAGACACCCACGCCGGACGAGGGCUCGGACUACGCCGGGACCGAUAUCUCCUGUUUCAGCAACGAGGAGAUAUGCCAAUACAUCGAUCGCAGUUUUGCCUUUUGGAAGGAGAAGGAGGCGGAAAUUUUUGAUUUUGAGUAGUUGCUCCAGU